UCGCAAUAAAAGAUCACACACAGUUCAUUCCGAACGCAUCUUCAAAGUUUAAUUGCCAAAAAUCACCAUUCUGCUGUUUCAUAGAGUUAGUACCAACUUUGGCGGUACGGAUGGCACUAAUUAAUGUGCUUACGAAGUGGAAACAAAUGACUAUCACCGCGACCGACGAUCCGGCGACUGAUGGCGCUAAAAGCAGAAGCGGAACAAUAUUCCGGAUUAUGACACUAGUAACUAUACCUAGUACCAGUGUACUUCGUCUAUCGAGUAGCGUUCGUGUGAUUCUGACUGUGUGGUAUCAUCCGCACCAACUUGGCCAUUUAACUGUAGUGGCUAAUUUCGAGCCACUCCGGUUUUCGGUGUCCGCAACGCAACGAACACCAGAACAGCCACCAGACGACGCACUGACAAUUGGACACAGUGGGCACCGAAGAAUCGUCAACCCAGAACCAGGACCGACGUUGAACGUUUGGAAAUUUACAAUCCAUGUGCGAUGAAAGUUAUUCUGCAAUUAGUUUUAAUUGUAAUACCGAGCUUUAUCCGGACCGAAGCCAUCGACGUCACUGGUGGACGGAGUGGCACAAUCAUUGUCACCAGCCAACAUGGGAAGAGCUCUAAUGGUCUAUCGAUGGGGAUCAAGAACUUCGACCGUGCAGCUGGCAGGCAACGCUCGGCUAGCUAUGAACGGGAUUUAGUGAUAGACACAAUAGAAGCUGCAGAUUAUCCGGCUGAAAUUCAUGUGGUCACUACCAAAGAUGGGUACAUACUGAAGCUGCACCGCAUUGCGGAUCCGGCUCUUCAGAAGGACACUGAUUACUCAGAUGAGGAGCAAACAGUGAACGCAUCGGGAGGUUGUCAAGGUGUUGUGCUUCUCAUGCAUGGGUUAUUCUCGACGGCAGCCGAUUUCGUCGUGACCGGGCCGGAAAGUGGAUUGGCUUUUGUGUUGGCGGAUGCCGGAUUCGAUGUUUGGAUGGGUAAUGCACGUGGGACGCGUUUUUCGAGGAAGAAUUUGCAUCGUACUCCCAAGGAAGCAGCCUUUUGGGAUUUCAGCUGGCACGAAAUCGGCACCGGAGACCUGCCCGCCAUCAUCGACUACAUUCUACGGCUAACGACCCAGCGGAAACUGUUCUACGUGGGCCAUAACCAGGGCGUAACGGCUUUGUUGGCGCUUCUUGCGGAGAAACCGCGAUACAAUCGAAAAAUUUCCAUCGCCGCCGGAAUGGCUCCCGUUGCCUAUCUUGGCAACGGAAAUAACGAAAUCGUGAAAAAUCUCGCCAAAUUCAACGACCAACUUUGGAAAACUUUAAAUACGCUGAAUAUAUUCGAGCUCACCCCCACGGAAAGCGUUCUGCAAUUUCUGGGAAACAUAAUUUGCUCCGGUGAAGCGCCAACCCAAACAGUGUGCUCCGAUCUGCUGGCGGAAAUGUUCGGAUACUCGUCGGAUCAGGCCAAACUGCUGCUGCCCGGGAUGCUGGACAAUGUGAUGACGGGGAUUUCCACGAAGCAGCUCAUUCACUACGGACAGUUGAUUCAAUCCAGAAAGUUUCAACAGUUCGACUACAUUAGCUUUCUGACCAACAUGCAGAGAUAUAAACAAGUUAAACCACCAGAGUACGAUUUGUCUAGAGUUUCGGUACCGUUUGUUCUAUUCUCCGGAAGCAGAGAGUUUUUCACGUCACCGAUGGAUUUCCAGAAGUUGGUGAAGAACUUACCGAAUGUGGAAUCCCAAUCGGAGCUUCCAGCAUGGGGUCACAUGGAUUUCAUAUACAACGCACAGGUCUAUUUGAAAGUGUACAGUAAAAUUAUAGAAUUUAUGCAGAACUAUUCCUCAUCGAAUACGGGUAAUACAUCUGUCCAUUCUAUACAAACCUAGAAAAUAUCAUGUAAUUUUAAGUG